GAUGUGAUCCCGCCGUUAAAGGGGAUGGACAGUCCUGUUACCACGCUUCUCAUCAAGCACGGUUUAAGGGUGAAUGGAGUCCACCUGCAAAGCCAAGUGAAAAGCACACAUCUAUUAAAUUUGGGGAUCCCAGAAUCGGUGGAUCUAUGAGUGAGCAGAAACAUGCCUACAGUGCCCCAGGCAACAGGACGCACAGAGCCUAUGACAAGGAACAUGCUGCCUCCCAGAUCCAGCACACAAACGAGCAGCUGGGGGAUGGUUGUACUAGAUUCUCCACCUCAACAUCCACGCAAUUCCCAGCGUACGAUCUGGGUAAGCCUGACCUGCUGCUUCACAAACAGCCAACCAAGCUGUGCCUGGGACAUGAGCAUCCCGGCUCCCGCUGGUUCAGCACAACGCAGCAGUCGGACUAUCACCCACCCCGGCAGAGCGAGAGGGUGGUGGCAGACAGGAGGAGCCACAUCCCCUUCCACUGCCACAACGAAUGUUCUGUCUCAACCAUGAAGGCCACACUGGUUCCACACAGACAGAAGAAACAACGACCCUCUGAAGAGAUGCUGCAGCAGAUCAAAUACUCACAGCCGGGGCGACCCUGGAGGGCACAGGACCUCUUGAGUACUGAGCAGAAAGACCAGUUCACACCCAAGUUCAGAGGCCCAGCAGACAUCCAAAACUUCCAAGUGAGCUGCAUCCCCCUGGGCACCCUGAACAGACACUGUCCCCAGAGGAAG